AUGACAAUUAGUGCUGAGGAACCAGUCCCCGACCGAGGCAUUGUUGCCAAUAGUCUCCACGGCACGCCACGAGUGGGCGAGUGGGAGGGCGUGGUGGGCGGGUUGGCUCAGGUGGGUGAGCGGGAGGGCGUGGUGGGCGGGUGGGAGGGCGUGGUGGGCGGGUUGGCUCAGGUGGGCGAGUGGGAGGGCGUGGUGGGCGGGUUGGCUCAGGUGGGCGAGUGGGAGGGCGUGGUGGGCGGGUUGGCUCAGGUGGGUGAGCGGGAGGGCGUGGUGGGCGGGUGGGAGGGCGUGGUGGGCGGGUUGGCUCAGGUGGGUGAGUGGGAGGGCGUGGUGGGCGGGUUGGCUCAGGUGGGUGAGUGGGAGGGCGUGGUGGGCGGGUUGGCUCAGGUGGGCGAGUGGGAGGGCGUGGUGGGCGGGUUGGCUCAGGUGGGCGAGUGGGAGGGCGUGGUGGGUGGGUUGGCUCAGGUGGGCGAGUGGGAGGGCGUGGAGGGCGGGUAG